AUGGGGUCCCAACAGGAGCCCACAACUAUGGGGUCCCAACAGGAGCCCACAACUAUGGGGUCCCAACAGGAGCCCACAACUAUGGGGUCCCAACAGGAGCCCACAACUAUGGGUCCCAACAGGAGCCCACAACUAUGGGGUCCCAACAGGAGCCCACAACUAUGGGGUCCCAACAGGAGCCCACAACUAUGGGGUCCCAACAGGAGCCCACAACUAUGGGUCCCAACAGGAGCCCACAACUAUGGGGUCCCAACAGAGCCCACAACUAUGGGGUCCCAACAGGAGCCCACAACUAUGGGGUCCCAACAGGAGCCCACAACUAUGGGGUCCCAACAGGAGCCCACAACUAUGGGGUCCCAACAGGAGCCCACAACUAUGGGGUCCCAACAGGAGCCCACAACUAUGGGGUCCCAACAGGAGCCCACAACUAUGGGGUCCCAACAGGAGCCCACAACUAUGGGGUCCCAACAGGAGCCCACAACUAUGGGGUCCCAACAGGAGCCCACAACUAUGGGGUCCCAACAGGAGCCCACAACUAUGGGGUCCCAACAGGAGCCCACAACUAUGGGUCCCAACAGGAGCCCACAACUAUGGGUCCCAACAGGAGCCCACAACUAUGGGUCCCAACAGGAGCCCACAACUAUGGGGUCCCAACAGGAGCCCACAACUAUGGGGUCCCAACACUCGCUCGUCUGA